AUGGACAUAAAUGUAUCCCUUUUAACGAUGCCACAGACCGAACCAUUUCAAGAACCUCAACUAAAAUCAGAAGAAGAUAAAGAACUUAAUGAUCAUUCACCAGAUCCUUCAUUUGAGACCUCUAAAUACAAAUCAAUACCAUAUUUUUCAAACUAUUACCCCAUAAUAGAUACAAGAGAACAAUACAAAAGAAAUAUUAAUAAUCUCUACGCUCAAACGAACUAUUUUAAUAAUACAUCCCUACUUGAAAAAGAUGAUGUAUUAUUUUCCAAGAAACAUCAUUCAACAGGUUCUAGUAAAAGAACUGAAUAUCUAUUAAAAAAAUAUUAUGAAACAAAGAGAAGCACGUUUGAUAAUAGUUUUAGUGGUUCUGAUCAUAAUAGUAGUCUCCACCAAACACAUGAUGAUUCAGUAGUAGAUGGUAUUUCUAAUAGUAAUAAUAAAGUUGAUAAUAAUACUAGCCAUAAUAAUAGUGCCAGCAAUAUCAUAAAUAAACCUGAUCUCCAGAAUCUGCAAAAGGAACGAAAUAUGUCUCUUUUAUAUGUAGAUGAAUUUUUGAAAAGUUCUCCGGAUGAAUUAUGCAACAGUUUUAUUGAUAGCAAAUUUAAUCCAAUAUCUAAUCCUUUUAUGAUUUCAACAGAUCCAAUACAAUUGGACAAUCAGAUUCCCUGUAAUAUAAAAUCAAUAUCCUCGUAUCUUAAAUAUAUGGAACAACUACGCACAGUAAUGGAUACUGAUAAUAAUGAAAUCAAUAAACGAAGACUAUGGGUUCCAAUGCAUAAUAAAAAUGUUCAGGAAAAUGUUAUAGAACCAAAAAUAGUAGAUUCAAAGAUUAUCCCGUGUCCUUCUUCCAAACCAUUUAUUUCUAUGGAUUUUAAUAAUAUUCCAAAAUAUGAAAAUACUACUAUUAUAAACUCCUCAACUCUUACUGGAGAAAACUAUAUUGUAAAUUUAUAUGGCCCCCAUUCUGGAAUAAUGUCAUCACCAUCAAUAUAUGCAGAGAAUAAAUUACCAUCAUUUAUUUAUCACUGUUCUGUAGCCAUAAAUGACGAAAUUUUUAUCUUUGGUGGUCUUGUACCAUCAUAUAGAUACAAUGAGGAGGCACCAAAUUUAAAUGAUUUUGACGUUGAUGGAAUUAAAUAUUUACCACCCCCAUUAUUAGAUGAAAUACUGAAUAAUCCAUGCAUGAUAGCAAAUCCUUUUGUAUAUAUUGUCACAACCACUACAAACCAUGUUAGAAGAGCUCCAUUAUUGGGACAACUACCACCUAACCUUAUAUGUGCAACAGCUACCGUGCUAAAUGAGAGAUAUAUUUUUUUAUUUGGUGGUAUUGAAGUGAAAACAAAGACAAAUUUCAAUCCUAUAAUGGGAAAGUAUUCUAUCGAAAAAAAAGCAUUUGUAAAUAAUAUUGGUUAUAUCUUUGAUACAAAAACUUCUUAUUUCACUAAGAUUGAAAUUUUAUUAGACGGAGACUCAAGUAGCCUAGGUACUAUCACAAAUUUUGCGCCAAGAUUUGGCCAUGCCCAAGUAUCAAUUGAUUUUAAUGAUUCUUGCAAUUUUUCAAUCAAUAGUAGUUUAUCCAGUUCAUAUGAAAAUGGUAAUGGAGACGAGACUUUAAGAUCAUCACCUUCAAGUCACCAUCAAAUAAGUUCAAUCCUUAUUUUUGGUGGUUACACACAAAUUGGCCACAAGGAGUGCGUAGCUACGAAUGACUUAUGGAGAAUCGAUAUACCUAUAACCAUGCUUAAUAAAAGGGAUCCAAUCAAAUUUGAGACUACUGCUACAGCACACUUAAUUAUGGAUGAAAAUAAAAGUGGUAACAUGAAACUUCCACCAAAAAGGGCAUUCAUGGGUUAUUCUUUAAUGAAUAGAGUACCAUAUUCUAAUAAUAUUAACGUUGAAAGAUCCACGUUUAUGAAUUUAGCAAAUGUCUUGAAAACGGUUGGUAUCAAGGAAAGACAUGAUGAAGAUGGUAGUCUUAUUAAAAUUAACCGAGAUUGUGAUUUAUUAGAAGGGUUAGAAUCAACUUUCAGUGAAAGUACUAACCAGAGAAAAAAUAAAAAAAUAACACAACAAGCAUCUUUUGGCAAUAAUGAAGACCAUAUCCAGACAAAUGAAAAUUACAUGAAGUCAAAUGAGAGUAAUUUCUUGUUUAAUAACUGGUUCCAUAAAAAUUCGGAUGAUUCCAACGCAUGUAAAACAUUUUUGAUUCAUGGUGGUUCAAAUAAUACUAAUAUAUAUAGUGACCUAUGGUGGUUUAAUUUUGAUUCUUAUAGAUGGGAAAAUAUAGAUUUAUAUGGGAAAACUACGUGUAGUAAUGAUCAAGAUAGUUCUUUUGUACCAAUUAAAUUAGGACUUGUUGGACACUCACUAAGUGUUAAUUGUGGAAUAUUAUCUCUAGAUGGUGGAUUAAAUGAAAAUGAUGUUGAUAUAUUAUAUAACAAUAAAAGUAUAGAAUUAAAUCCCAAAAUUUCCCUAUAUGAUGAUACCAUAAAACUAGAUAAUCUAUCGAGCAAGUGUUUUGAUUUGAGCACACAAUGUUUGUUUGAUAGAAAAAUUGUGCAUUACUGUGAUGAUGACUUGGAGUCCAAUUCAAUUACAGUAAACGUUGUCUCACCUUUUGAUCAUUAUAUGCCAACAUUUUUCGGCACUAAUGGUGUUUAUGCUAACGGAAAAUUAGUUAUUAUUGGUGGUAUUUAUUGUAAAAGGAAGAAAAUAAAAAAUUUGUAUCUUAGAGGCACAAUGCUUUACGCUAUUCCUAUGAGAUACGAUCCAUCUUAA